CAUGCCCGUGCUCGCACUGUGCCUGCUGUGUGCCCUGGCCACCGAGCCCUGGCCCUCGUCUGCAGCUCCCAUGGGGAGCCUGGAGCCAGCACAACAUGAGGAGCUGACCCUGCUCUUCCACGGGACCCUGCAGCUGGGUCAGGCCCUCAACAGCGUCUACAGGGCCACAGAGGCAAGGCUGACAAAGGCUGGGCACAGCGUGGGCCUCUAUGGCCAGGCACUGGGGCUUCUGGGGCAGGAGGUCAGCCGGGGCCGGGAUGCAGCCCAGGAGCUACGCACAAGCCUGUUGGAGAUGCAGAUGGAAGAGGAUGCCCUAAAGCUCCAAGCAGAGGCCACAGCCCAGGCUCUAGGGGAGGCGGCGCAGGGACAGCGGGCGCUGCGGGAGAGCAUGCUGCGGCUGGAAGGCCAGCUGAGGGGCGCUUGGCUGGGUCAUGCCCAACAAGAAUUUGAGGCCUUGAAGGCCCACGCUGACAAGCAGAGCCACAUCGUGUGGGCCCUCACAGGCCACGUGCAGCGACAGAGGCAGGAACUGGCAGCACUGCAGCACCGGCUGCGUCAGGUCCAGGAGAGACUCCACACGGCGGCACUUCCAGCCUGAGCCUGCCUGCGUGGAACUGAGAACCAGUCACACAACCGAGGGACGCUUCCUUCCGUGCCCCAUGUGGCCCCUGCACAAGGAGCUGCCUGUCCACUGGGGUCGGCCAGGGUGCUUCUGGCCACGGAGCAGAGACAGAAACAGGCGGGGACACAGGCAGAGGACAUGGCCCCGUCGUGGAGGGGUGGAGGCAGGACAUGUGAUCCUUCAUGCUUACACACCGCUCC